AUGAUAGCGAAAAAAUAUCUAUAUAGUACGUCUUCAUCUGAUGAAGCAAAGGAAACAGUGGAAAAAGUAAACAACAAACCGCUCAAUGAAAACCCAACAUUUAAGAAGAGGAAAAUAAAUAAAGAGAAGCAGAAAGGAACUAGUAGUAAUAUUCAAAAUAACUUUUUUAAAAAUGUGCACACUGCUGACAAGGAAAUUGUAUUUGUAAAAAGAGGAAAUAAUAAUCAUCCCAAAACGAUCUACAAGGACAGAAAAGUUUCUACAGAAAUAAAUAAUUUCGAACGAAAAUACAAACAUGAAAGAAAUGUCGAUAGAGACGUUAGUAACUCAAAAUCGGAUGAACUCUUGGGUGAUGACUAUUCUGAGUCUAACAGCAACAGUUACAAAUGUCGGGAGUCUAAUUUAAAAAGAAAAGCACACAAAUCGAGUAGUAGCAGAAGUGGAACGGAGCGAAACAACAGUAGCAAUGAACUGGAUCAAAAGAAUCGAAAAAUAAGCAAAAAAAGUAACUACCAGAGAAUUCUGGAUAAUAAGAAAAAGGAAGAGGAAUACUAUAAAAGAAACUAUGAUCGAAUUAUGGAUGAAAUAUGGUACUCUAAAGAAGACGAUUUUGUCGAUUCAUUUUAUAACAUGGAUAUUGACUCAACCUACCAUAGAGAAAAAAAAAUGAUAUCGAAUUUUAAAACAAGAACGAACAGUACAGGAAAAAAAGUUAAUCAAAAAAAUUUAGAUAAUAAUUUAUGGGAACUGAAUAAAUUAAAACAAGGUGGUGUGCAUUCAACAUACAACAAGUUACAAUUGGAAAAAAUUAACGAAGCUAAUAAUACAAAUGAAGUUAGAAAAGUUGUUUUAACGAGACAUGUAACACCUUUCUUUAUAGAAAAAUUAAAACUCACAAAUGAAAACGGAGGAGAACAGAUACAACAAGAUAAUAAACAAAGUAGUGUAAUUGAUGAAUGGAAUUUAGUUUCGCUUGACAUGAAAAAAAAUAGCACGUCCUACUCAACCGUAGUGAAGGACGAAACAUGCGAUUUUGUAAAAGCAGCAAAGAAAGGAAGUGAAUUUUUAAGAUACUUUAAAAACGAAAAUGAGAAUUCCAAAGCGAGAGACAGAUACUGGGAAAUUGGUAGAAGUAAACUAGGGGAAUUAUUGCGGAUGUAUAAAAAGAAUCAAAAUGAUUCUUCAGCGAAAUAUGGCACAGAUGCAAGUCCAGUCGAAGAAGAAUCAAAUAUGGACAUUUUUGAUUAUAAAAAGGACAAAAUGUAUAGUACUAUUUUUAACUUGGAAAAUAAAAAGAAUAAAAAAAGUACAUUACAAGAUAAAGAGGAUUUAUUAAAGCUAAAAGAAUCGCUACCUAUUUUUAAAUCAAAAAAUGAAUUAUUAGAAGCUGUUUACAAUAAUAAUAUUAUCAUCAUUGUAGGAGAAACAGGUUCUGGAAAAACAACACAAAUAGUGCAGUAUUUAUAUGAAGAUGGUUAUCAUAAAAAUGGAAUAAUUUGUUGUACACAGCCAAGAAGAGUUGCAGCUGUUUCAGUUGCCUACAGAGUUUCUCACGAAAUGAAUGUUGAAAUAGGAUCCCUAGUUGGAUACACAAUUAGAUUUGAAGAUAAUACAACGAAGGAUACAAAAAUUCGUUAUGUUACUGAUGGUAUUUUACUAAGAGAAACUUUAACAGAUAAGGAAUUAGAUAAAUAUAGUGUUAUCAUAAUGGAUGAAGCACAUGAAAGAUCAAUCAACACAGAUGUACUGUUAGGUAUAUUGAAAAAUAUAUGUUUAAAGAGAAAUGACUUAAAGCUCCUAGUCACAUCAGCUACUAUCGAUUCGAAAAAAUUUUCAAAAUUUUUUGGAAAUGCCCCCAUAUAUAAUAUUCAAGGAAGAACUUUCAAGGUGCAUUUAGAAUAUUUAAGAACACCUUGUAAUGAUUAUAUAGAAUGUGCUGUGCAGAAAGCGAUUGAAAUUCACAUAUCGGACAACAAAUAUGAUAACAAUUUUGGUGAUAUACUAAUUUUUAUGACAGGACAGGAAGAUAUAAAUGCAACAUGCUAUCUUCUCAGUGAGCGAUUUUACGAAGUGUACGAGUCGUAUAAAGAAUCAAAGAGCAAUAAAAAGGAAACAAUUACCAAGAUAAGAAAUAUUAUAAAGGAUAAGGAAGCUGUUUCAAGUAAUACAACAAGGAAUGGUAACAGUAGUGAGGGAGGUGAUGAACACACGGACGAUAGCGAUUAUGGUCCACAACCACUUACGAGAAAAGAUUCAGAAUAUUGCCAAAUCGACAAUAGAGAGAAGGAAGAAGAGAAAAACGUAAUAUACCCAUUCUACGUGUUUCCUAUAUAUUCCCAACUAUCAAGUGAACAACAAAGUAAAAUUUUUCAAAAAUACGACUUGCGAAAAAUUAUCGUUUCAACAAAUAUAGCAGAGACUUCUCUAACAUUAGACGGAAUAAAAUACGUAAUAGAUACUGGAUACUGCAAAUUAAAAGUGUAUAAUCAAAAAAUAGGAAUGGAUGUGCUUCAAAUUACUCCUAUAUCGCAAGCAAAUGCAAAUCAAAGAUCAGGAAGAGCUGGGAGAACAGGUGCAGGUAUAUGUUAUCGUCUAUACACGGAAAAUACAUUUUUGUGUGAUUUAUAUCCAAAUAAUAUUCCAGAAAUACAGAGAAGUAAUUUAGCAAAUGUAGUUUUAUUGUUAAAGUCGUUAAAUGUUGAAAAUAUUUUUGAGUUUGAUUUUAUUGAUAUACCUAGUAGGGAAAGCAUAAUAAAUUCCCUACACGAAUUGUGGAUAUUAGGUGCUAUAAAUAAUGAAGGGAAUUUAACAGACAUUGGGAAAAAAAUGAUUCUAUUUCCACUGGAUCCCCCUCUUUCUAAAAUUGUAAUUUAUAGUGAAAAAUUUGAAUGUACAAAGGAGGUUUUAAUUAUUGUUAGUAUGCUAUCAUCUGCAGCAAUCUUUUUAGAAGCAAAGGAAAAUAGUGAAGCUAUUGAAUCCAAAAAAGAAAAAUUUACAGUACCCGAGAGUGAUCAUUUGACUUUAUUAAAUAUUUAUUUACAGUGGCGUUCUCACAAUUAUUCCCCACGUUGGUGCACAGAAAAUUUUAUUCAGUAUAAAUCUCUGAAUAAAGCAAAAGAAGUGUAUUCACAAUUAACUGAUAUAAUUAAAACCUUAAAUAUGAAAAAUGUGUCCUGUAAUAAUAAAUGGGAAUCAGUGAGAAAAACUAUAUGUUCUGGAUAUUUUCAUAAUGCAGCCAAAUUAAAAUCUAUUUCAGAGUAUAUAAAUUUGAGAACUAAUGUGUCAUGUCAUGUGCACCCCAGUUCUUCACUAUAUAACAUUGGAUAUACGCCUGACUAUGUAAUAUAUCAAGAAAUUGUUUUUACAACAAAGGAGUUCAUGCGAAACGUUACUACUGUCGAUCCCGAAUGGUUAUGCGAGCUGGGACCACUUUUUUUUUACAUGAAAAAUCUGUAA